AUGGCUGUACGCAUCCUACCGUCACCCCCUGUGCGUGACACCAUCCGCCAGGUCAGCGAGUCGUCCUGGCUGGUGGGUGAUUUGCUGCUCCAGCGCUUCCCCGGCCUCUCCAUCUCCGCGACCUGGAACGAUCCAGCUGCCAACGCUCACUAUACUCUGACCGACGCGCCCUCCCCGCCACCCGCCUCAACGGUCGUGCCCGCCGACAGCCCGGUCAUUACCAAGAUCUACGAUGCUGGCGAUGCUACAGCCGUGUUCGCCAUUGACCACUGCGUCGUGCUUAAGAUUAAAUGCUACACUCCCAAUUUCACCUCUGAAGUCACUACCCUCGACUUUGUCCGUCGCCAGAAACGCCGCUUUGACGUGCCCAACGUCAUCCACUAUGUCGACCAGUGGAAUAACGACCGGAUGAUCGUCUUCUACCAGCGCCUGCCGGGCCGCACUCUGAAUGAUGCCUGGCAUACUCUUGACGACCAUUGGCGCUCUCACUAUAAGAUGGAGAUUUCCCGCGUUUGCCAGGAGCUGGCCAAGCUGACGGGCGACAAGAUGGCUGGUGUCGAUGGUAGGGAAAUUCCUGAAUACUUCCUCGCAAACAAAGGGGAUGUCACGCCCACCCCCGACCGUUUUGCCCCCGACUGUCUAUUUAAAUCCUGCCAGGACGCAGGUAUCGACUGUUCCAGUCUAGUUUUCUACCAUGCCGACCUAGGACCCGUUAACAUCAUCGUCGAAGCCGAGCCGAACCUAGGUAAUGUUGGCAUCAUCGACUGGGAAAUCGCAGGCUUCUUUCCCCGUGGCUGGGUUCGUACUAAGUUCCAUCUAAGCUCUGGUAUGGAUUUCGAUAACGAUGCAGUCGAGGACCGACAUUGCUGGAGGAGAGACGUGGGCUCUUUGCUGGGUGACCUUGGUUUCGAGAGCUACGCUGAGGAGUGGCAAAGCUGGAGGGCUAAUUCUCGACAGUGUUGA